CAAAUGGGACAAUUAGAGAGCAAGUCUUGUCGAAUGUCACCACCGUGCUCCGCAUGUGAGCCUGCGGGCAGGGAGGAGGGGCGCUGGGUCCCGUGUCCUGCACCGUGGGACAGCCCCACGCAGACAGUGGAGCAGGGCGCAGCCGUUAACAACCACACAGAGGGGGAGAAAAAAAGUCAGCCGUAACCUCAACUCGAAUGAAGCCUGCUUUUUAUAUCACCUCACCGGAACAACAUCUCGAUUUAAAGUAGCUGAACUAGUUUUUCUGCAAGCUUGUGGGUCCAAGGACAGCGUUAGUGAAAGGAUGACAAGCACGAAGAGGAAGGCAGAGAACCUCCUGAGGGCAGCAAACCAACCUUGCAUCAUGAAGUGCAGAGGCUCCCAGGCGGAUUCAGAAAGAGACUCUGGAUUCUCAGAUGCCAGCUCAGAGCAUCUGAGCACAAUGGACACCACGGACUCUGAAGAUUCCCCCCACCCUGUUAAACAGCAGGGGGCACAGGGUGCUGGUUCAGGCCAGAAGCCCUCUCAGCUGUCUGUGGUUGGGGGCUCCUAUUCCGGACUCUCUCCUAUGAUCAUAAUGAACAAUGUUGUGCUGAAGCAGCCUGUAGAGAACCCUCCUGCUCUGAAGCCCUGGGGGUUCAGUCCCACGGUGGAGGUGGUGCAGCCAGUGGUCCCACAGCCUCAAGUGGUCUUUCUCCAGCCUGUGGUCUCCCGUCAAGGGUCAUCAACCUCCAAAGAGGCCACCUCUAAACACAGACGCUCCAAAAAGUAUCUUCCAAUCUUGAAGUCCUACCCAAAGAUUGCCCCACAUCCCGGGGACAGUGUUGGUUCUUCAGGCAGAGGAAGUGCUUCUUCGUCUUCCUCCUCUUCAUCAGGAUCGGAGAAAUGUAACUCUUUGAUCUCCAGUCUUUGGGAUCAACGGCAGAGGCAGAAAGUGGAGAAAUCUCUGUGCAGUAGCAGCAAUAACUCUGAAGCUGCGUCUCCUAGUCUUCCUGGUACCCCCAGCCCCAUGUCACCCCUUCUCCAUAGCAGACUUCCACUCCCUGCAGCAGAAAACAGCAGCACUGUCAGCCCUGCCAAGGGCAAGUCAGCGAUCUGCAGUCAGUCCAAAAACCAGACUCUCGCCUUGGACAGCAUCUCCUCUCUAGAAGGCUACUCAAGUGACGGCAGUUCUGACACAAAGAGGAAGCGCUUUUGCAACACGUACAACAUCCUGAGCAAGUCUGGCCUGCUGGACAUCACACUCCGCACCAAGGAGCUCCUCAGGCAGAACCAAAGCACUCAAAAUGAGCUGGACCAACUGAAGAAACACACAGACUUAUUCCUCCAGGCUCUUCAGACCGGAGACACCAGUGUUUGUAUGAAACUGCUGAGCCACCUACAGGAGGAGGACAGGGAGAGGGCUGCUCAGGGCAGCCUGAAAGCACUUCAGACCUAGACUGGUGUGUGGCUGUAAUCCAUUAGACCCACAGGAUGAUCGGGAUGGGGGUAGGUGUGUGUAGAGGCAGAUGGACUGAAAGUAAUGGGCUCUACAUUACUGACCCCUCCCCCAGACUCUCAGACAGACAGCACACUGUGGCCUACAUUUUAGCAGUCAUUUGCCUUUGGUCCCUUCCUGACACUCCAAGCUGACCUAAAAACAUCAACCUUCUUGUUGCACUCUAGUCAUACAAUGCUCUUUCUAAACACUGUAAAUGGAUCAUUGUUUACCAUGAAAUGGAAGAGAGUAGCUGAAAUUGACCUAGAACCUACCUAGGCCAUUAAGGGAAAAACAUUCUGGCUCCUGCAGUGAAAACGCACCUUUAGAGGCAAAAUUAGGCCAGAUAUCCAAUUCUAAGUGGAAAACAGAAUAAUUUAAUCUUAAUGUGUGCCUGCUAGACUGACAGCAGGCCAUCCGGUUGGAUCGUUUUGGUUUUCCACGCAUUGUUCCUUUGGUAUGUUUUACAGACGGUUUAACAUGCGAUUCAUUCCAAAGCUGUAAAAAUGGUUGGAUUAUAGAGACGACAUCAUGCCAUGUUAAAAAACAUUCAGAGCAUAUGUCUAUUUUUCAUGGGUUUGUAUUUGCAGGAUGUAUUUGGUUCAUAUUUAGUUGUUUUUGAAUUUGUUCUCUCAGGUUAUUUGUUGAUACUCAUUUUCAUACUGGCUGGAAAGAAAAGCCCCUAUCAACCAAUCAGACGACGCCCUGAUACAAGUUCUCUCUGAAUAGGGCUUCUAGGAGUGAAAGAAUGAUUAGUGGUCAACUCUGAAUGUUUUCUUGCCCUUUGUCAGCGUUGUUGUUUUGAACUGUGCAGGUAAAAUGGAAGUUGUCUGCUUUUACUUGCAAAGGUUUUCUCGUGCAUUUUUAUUUGUAUUUGUCAAAUGUCUGUAUUGAAAUGUUUUUUAUAUUAAGGCAGCUACUGAUAAUAAAAAAACAGUAGUUCUAGAGUCUCUUAAAUCCAGUUUUUUUAUGCUUAAAAUUUGGAUAUUUUUUGUUUAUUCAUAGAUCAUGGCCUUAAAACUCUAAGUAUGUUCAUGCUAAAUAAAAAAAAUUGCACUAAAAUCUAAAAAAAAAAAAAAAACUUUAUUUGCGUCAGAUUUUUUUGGCAGCUGUGGUACUGUAGUAGCUUUUUCAAGAUGGCUAUAAUGUCAUUUUUUUUUAACACUGGUUGAAUCACUAGACACGUAUAUAUUAAAAUCACGCACCCACUGCAGCCUAAACACAUAGGUGACUUAUUUUUAAUGAUAUUGUGAUCAAAUCUUUUACAUGUUCUAGCCGAUGGCUCCUCAUUUGCUGUAAGGAUUUCUGAAACAAGCUGUGGUUAAAAUAGUCCAAACGUAACAUCGCCUGAAAAGGCUUUCUGUAAAAAGGAAGAUCCUCUUUAAUGAGGAGUGUGGAAAAAAUAAUUUCUCAGACAUAAAUGUAAAUUUUCAUGUAAAUUACAUUUUGGUUCAUGUUAUCAGAGGUUUUUCUAAUGGUUAUUUUCUAAUUUAUUCUAUAGACAUGUCAGCUGUGUACUCCACAGUAAAUGUAUGAGACACAGUUCACUGUUUCUAAAUAAAUAUGAUGAAAUUGAUCACUUGUUACCAUUUCAGUCGAAAAAAAAAUAUUGAGCAAACGGGUACUUUGCUGUCAGGUCAUUAUCCAUUCCCUACAUUGUCUCUCACUGCACCAUAUCUACCAAUAGCAGACCAGUUUCGCAUACACUGUAUAUCUAAUGUGUUAUUAUUAUUAUUAUUUUUUUUGGGCUGUCCCAAAGUUAAAACUCCUAAUAAACAAUAAUUUCUUGAUAAGCUGAUAUCAUUUGAAUCUUCUGAGUUAAAGGGUUUUAAAUAGCCUUUUAAUUUUCCUUUAAUUCAAUUGAUUCUGAUUUCCUUUUUAAAUGCACUCUUGCAGCCGGGCAGCUCCAGAGUUGUUUGACUUCUCUGUGAGAAAGUUUGAGGAACUCCCUCAACAUUUGAAAGUCCUGUAUGAGGCAACAGCUUAGCCUUCAAAUUGUUUCCUGUUAUUGAUUUAAAUCUAUCACAAAAUAAUUUUUUUGUUUUAUGUAAUAGAUGAUUAAGGCCUUAAGAAAUUCAAGAAAGAAUCGUAAACCUACAAAAAUAAAAUUUUUAAGCCUAGAAAAUUAGUCUGAAAUAUUUUACCCCAAAGCACAUGAAAAGGUUUAAUUUACUAAAAUGUUAAAAAAAAAAAAAUAGCCUGAUAACCUGGGUGUAGUCUUUUUGUAGUGUUGGGAUAAAUGUGCAGCAGAAAAACUAACACAGAAUUUAAAAGACCAUCGUAUAUAUAUUUAAAAAUGAACCCAGUCAUGUUGGGUAAAAUUUCAAAAUGUUGACACUUAUAGUAUAGGUCUGUAAAUUGUCAGCUUUGAGCUCUGAUUUUCUGUUUUUAAGAUGAAGAUUGGGUUUGUUCUUUACAGUCUGCUGUAUAUAUUGUAAGCUAUAAUAUUGUUUAAAAGGUGUAAAGUAACUAUGAUGAAUGCAUCUAAAAGUCAUGUUGACUUCCAAGCAAUAAUUUUUUUUUUUUUAUCUUUAGUUGGCGACUAGAAGAGACUUAAAUAUAAAUGGUUUUGUAAUGUGAACACAGUCCAACAAGGCUGUGUUACGAUUUAAAAUACUUUCAGGUCAUUUUAUAUGAUUUAAGGUUGAGAUGUAAUUUUAUGUGUAAUAAAUAUGAUUUUAAAAAGCU